UGUUGACGUAAGACCAAGUGUUAUAAGGCCGUUCAUACUUCCGUGAGGGCUCACAGUUGCCACCUGCCGUCCGAGUUGUAGCAUCACGUUUUUUAACGCUUAAUAAAGAUGGGUACUCGAACUCCCGUGUUACUUCGUCCUCACUGGCUUAUCUUUAACCAGCUGACUCUGCCGGUGAAUGCGGUAGACAACAAAGGAACCGCGAAAGCCCGUGGAGUAAUACAAAUAUUUCUUCCGAUAACAAUAUUCCUCGAUACAAUUUUCGAAGACAAAUCCGGUUACACUACAAGGGGAUUUGGUGAUGACCAGUACCAGAUCUACAAGUCCAUGGAAGGGAUUUUACAAGCUACAGGAAUAGAUGGAAAAGCCUGUUUGCUUCGCACUAUUUGCGAAAUGCAAAAAUAUCCAAUCGGGGAUUUUACCGUCGUCGGAGAGAUACUAACCAUUUUACUUUCUCCAAAAAGAGGCAUAAACGAUUUCUUACACGAUUACAUCGAGGCUGAGUAUGUCGGACAAUCACAUAACAUGACUUGCGAAGGUGAAUUCCGAGAAUGUCCUGUCUCUUUGUUCAAUCUCUUCCGUUCCGACGGUGAUUCCAACGAAAUAGUUGAUGAUGAGGACGACCAAGAUGAAAGUAGUGAACUAUCCGAUGUCCACGAAGAUUCUGCCGGGCCACAUUCGACGAGUAAGAGCCACGAAGAGUAUGUUCUUCCUAAUCUAGAACAUUUGGAUGGCCAUAUCCUAGUGGAAAACGAAAGACCAUACAUAAACACCAAUGAACAUUAGUUUUCAUUCACGUUUUUUAAAUAUUUACAUUUAUAAUAUAUGCUUCUCAAUCGAAAUAAUAAUCUAAAUGUUGUGUUAGGGAAUCUGAGUGACGCAAGAUUUUUGGGGAAAAAAAUAAAUUAUGGAUAAAAUGUUUUUAAGACGUAUUAGUUAUUUUAAAAUGUUUAGUUGACAUACAGUAUGUGUGUGUAUGGUACCAAUUCCUUUUUCAUGUACCCUAACAUAAAUUAAUCGGGCUUCUGA